UUAAUUGUUGAAUUCGACCUUCUUCUUCAAGAUGACAAAUAGUUCAUUGUUCUGCCCAGUUUACAGAGAUCUGGAGCCAUUUACGUAUUUCUUUUAUUUAGUUUUCCUCAUUGGAAUCAUAGGAAGUUGUUUCGCAGCCUGGGCUUUUACACAGAAAACCACACAGCACAGGUGUGUGAGCAUCUACUUAAUUAACUUGCUCACGGCUGACUUCCUGCUCACUCUGGCAAUACCGGUAAAAAUUGCUGUUGACUUGGGUGUGGCACCCUGGAAGCUAAAGAUAUUCCACUGCCAAGUGACGGCCUGCCUCAUCUACAUCAACAUGUACCUGUCUAUUAUCUUCUUAGCGUUUGUCAGCCUUGAUCGCUGUCUCCAGCUAACACACAGCUGCAAGAUAUACCGAAUACAAGAACCCGGAUUUGCCAGGAUGAUAUCAACCGUCGUGUGGCUCAUGGUCCUUCUUAUAAUGGUGCCAAACAUGGUGAUUCCCAUCCAGGACAUCGCAGAAAAGCCGAGUGUAGGUUGCAUGGAGUUUAAAAAGGAGUUUGGGAGAAAUUGGCACUUGCUCACAAAUUUCUUAUGUGUGGCAAUAUUUUUAAACUUCUCAGCCAUCAUUCUGAUAUCCAACUUCCUUGUAAUUAGACAACUGUACCGAAACAGAGACAACGCAAACUAUUCGAGUGUGAAAACAGCUCUAGUCAACAUUCUUUUGGUGACAACUAGUUACAUCGUAUGCUUUGUCCCUUACCAUGCCGUCAGGAUCCCAUACACCCUUAGCCAGACAGAGGUCAUAUCUGACUGCCCGACUAGAAUCUCCCUCUUCAAAGCCAAAGAGGCCACCCUGCUCCUGGCUGUAUCCAAUCUGUGUUUUGAUCCAAUCCUGUACUAUCAUCUGUCAAAGGCAUUUCGACUAAAGGUCACGGAGACUUUUGCUUCAUCUAAAAAGACCAAGGUUCAGAAAGAAAAAUCGGGAUCUGAAAAUGAGGUGUAAAAUACAGGGUUUUGCGUAUUACUCCUUCUUCCUGACUGGGCCAUAAAGCUGGCCCCAGUUUUUAAAGACAAAAGAAG